UGUGUUACCGGGACGAGGAUGUUUCAAUGCUAGUCUGUGUUACCAGAACGAGCAUGUUGCAAUGCUAGUCUGUGUUACCAGAACGAGCAUGUUUCAAUGCUAGCCUGUGUUACCGGGACAAGCAUGUUUCAAUGACAUUUACACUUCUACACAUUGCGCAGUGCUUGCGCUGAAGACAGGUUGUUUGGUAAAGCAGGCAAGGUGAUACACUUGCUUGUUUUUUGUGAAUGCAUAAAAUGGCAUGCAACACACAAUAAGAAUUGAUUUACAUGAUGUGUGAUGCUUGCACCAAAUUAGCAUUUUGUAACUCUUGUUCCAAUAAAAUAGCCGAAUGUGUGGUUGUGUCUCUGUUGUCAGCUGCUUAGCGCUCUGCACAGUCUCUCUCACCAUGUGUUGUUCCAUGGCCUGUCUUCUCCUGAACGGCUCCUCGCUGUCUUCCCAGACACCAGUCACCCCAGCCUGAAGAACCUGCUCACCAAAAUCCUCCUGGACCACAGGUGCACAGUCUCUUCCUCACUACAGGACACUUUCCUGCUCAUCACGAUCCUCCUGGAGCAGAGCCCUACAUGGAGAAAUGAAGCCCUUUCCAAUCAAAUUUCCUUGCUUCAGCUGGUGGAUAUGGACUGGAGAGUGGAUGUCAAAACAGCUUCAGACUCUAUAACCAGGAUGGCAGUGCCCACCUGCCUAGUGCAGAUGAAGAGCGAGUCAUCCCAGUCCUUGAGAAGGCGGGCCGAGGAACGACUAUAAACCUGCAGGAGCCUGGCAGGGAGGCAGGUGUGUGACACAAGACACAGGACUACCUGGAACAGCAAUACAGCACAACCACAAUUGUUAUGUUGGAUCUUGCCAGCCCCCAUUACACAGUGUUGAACGUCCCACCCAUGGAUCCCAGCCUUUUCUGGUGUCCAGUAUUGGGAGGUGCAGAGUAUACCACCAUCCAGAUACCCAGAGUGAUCACAACUCCAGUUUGUAGAAAUCACUCCAAGUAUCACCAGGUAGAGGACCCUGUCAGGAGGCCGGGCUGCAUCAUUCCUGCUGCGCUCAAGAGAAGCAACCCCAGGAGCCCUCACCUGUGGGAGUUUCUGCGCGACCUCCUGCUGACUCCCACACAGGGCAUCUUGGAGUGGGAAGACAAGGAACACGGUGUCUUCCGUGUGGUAAAUUCCGAGGAGCUGGCGCGGGGCUGGGGCCAAAGGAAGAAGAACGACAGGAUGACCUAUGAGAAGCUCAGCCGGGCAUUAAGAUAUUACUAUAAGAAUGGGAUUCUGGAACAUGUGGACAGGAGGCUGGUGUACAAAUUUGGGAUGAAAGCUUACGGCUGGAAGGAAGACAAGCAGCACUAAACUAGGGUCACACGGAUCCACUGGGUUUUUGCUGUUUAUAUUUCUGAACAAAUUGUUAUUAUAAUGUGAAUGUUUGACAAUUGGAUAUUUGGGGAUUUUAGUUUGUCCUGGGGACAGCUAUGGAAAAAGGUAUCUUUACGAGGGGCCCCUACACUAAAAAUGUUUUUAUAGAAUGGUGUUUCACAUACUAAUAGUUACUUGCGUCUACUAAAAUGAUCUAAACUGUUUAUCACCUAAUAAGGCUCUUUGUGUACCAAGAGAACUUUUGUCCAUUUUCCAUCCACCUGCACCAUGAAACCAGCCUAUAAAAUACCCUCUAGUCUCAUUCCAAUAUAAAACUGGAGCUGCAGCCGCUUCCAUCUGCAGUCCACUCUGCAACCAGACCUCACGCAAUAGUCCAAGAGUUUUUGUAUCAUUUUUAUUUCUAAAUGCAUUCACCAACCUACAAUAUUUACCAGGCAGUAUAAUAUCAGCACCUUGCACUGGUGCAGAAAAUAUCAACACUGUGCACUGGAGCAGAAAUUAUCAACACUUUGUACAAUUGCAGAAAAUAUCAACACCUUGCACUGGAGCAGAAAAUAUCAACACCUUGCACUGGAGCAGAAAAUAUCAACACGGUGCACUGGAGCAGAAAAUAUCAACACAGUGCACUGGUACAGAAAAUAUCAACACCUUGCACUGGAGCAGAAAAUAUCAACACAUUGCACUGGCGCAGAAAAUAUCAACACGGUGCACUGGUACAGAAAAUAUCAACACCUUGCACUGGAUUAGAAAAUAUCAACACCAUGCACUGGAGCAGAAAAUAUCAACACCAUGCACUGGAGCAGAAAAUAUCAACACCUUGCACUGGAGCAGAAAAUAUCAACACCUUGCACUGGAGCAGAAAAUAUCAACACGGUGCACUGGAGCAGAAAAUAUCAACACAGUGCACUGGUACAGAAAAUAUCAACACCUUGCACUGGAGCAGAAAAUAUCAACACCAUACACUGGAGCAGAAAAUGUCAACAUGGUGCACUGGAGCAGAAAAUAUCAACACCGUGCACUGGAGCAGAAAAUAUCAACACCGUGCACUGGAGCAGAAAAUAUCAACACAGUGCACCGGUACAGAAAACUACCAUUGGAUGAACAGAAAUACAUUUCAAAACCCAACAAAUGACACCUGAUAUGAAAAAGCCAGUGUUCAAUAUGAGAAAAGAGGCACAUCUAAGUGAGAUCUACUCAAAAUGCAUGGAGUAGAGACACCAAUCAUGAGGAUCACUAAGCAGGACAGAAGCAUGUAUGUUUAUACUGGCCAAACCAACUCCAAACAUUGUCCUUCAGCAUUUACAGGUACAGCAAAACAACAACAAUAUCACCUACCACUGAACCAACAGCAUCUACUUCAAGGCAAGUGUGUGCACAACUAAGCAUUCAUGGCUUGAAACUCACAUUAGCUCUGCUGCAGCCAGUCCUGGCUCCUGUCUAUUUAAAUAAACAUACAAUUGAGGAAAGUUCCGAGGGCUGGUUGCGGGUCAACUUUAUUACAAAACUGUUUUGAUUAAAAAAAUUAGGGGCAUACAUUAAAUACAUUGUUCGUGGUGCUGACAGUUGUAAAAAUAAUGUUGUUUUUUUUUUGUUGUUUUUUUUAAAGCAUGGUUUUGUUUUGUAUUUGAGAUCAAUAGAGCUAUAGUUAUAAGGCAGUACAAUUGUAUUUCAAAAUGUCAAUGGACAUUUAUAAUACAAAGAACAAUGUGUUAACAUUGCUAAAAUCUAAAUAAACUACAUAAAAACGGUACUUAGUCAGUUCGGCAGCAGUAUUAAAUACACAUCUGUUUUGUGUUCCAUUGAUGUGCUGCUAGGCGCAUCAAACAUAUUGGACUACUUUUCACUUCAUGUUUUCAUCCAUAGCUUCACAAGAUGAAUCAGAAUUACAAGGUAAGAAACUCAGACAAGCAGCAAGCGUUUCAGCUAGUUCCUUUUUUUAUGUACUUAUUCUUAUCUUUAGAUUAAAAAUGUUAUUUGUGGCUCAUACAAACAAAUAUAAAUCUUAUUUAUUAUUUGUAUUUAGCUCUGGCUCACAUGGUGAGGACCCCUGAAGGUAAGGGAGGCGGAUGCCUAGCCCUGAGGUCAGGGAAGUGAGUCGAACA